UAACUUGUUUUCAUGUCGCCAUAUCUGUCACAUUUUGUACUACAGAGCCUGAUCAGAUGCAGAUUAUUGACACAGAGCAUUUCUGAUCUUCUUUAAGCCUUAAAUGAGUUUUUUGAAUGUGUGUGUGUGGUGCUUGUGAGGGUGGAUAUGGUACCGCAGAGGCGUGCAGUGCAAUGUGAGUGCAUGGAUGAGGAGCAAUCGUCGCACUGAGGGUACAGUGCUGAUGUCCUGUCACACAGAUGGGGGCCGACGGCAGUAAACAGAGGAAGAGGCACGCUGAAGGGCAGGAGAAUGAGCAUUUCGUAUCUGGGUGGCGUAGCUUCCUCUCUAGCAUGGGCCUAUCGAUCCCAGCGGGGCUCUGUCGCCUGUCCCCAUCUGCCCUGCGUCUGGGUCAGCGCCGAAUGAUCCAAGGCAAACCAUCCGAAAUCCCAGAGCACGUCCUAAGGCUGGCGGGAGUCGGCCCAGACAAGCUGAGAGCGGAGUGGAACCUGCCAGGGUUCAUUACCAUGUUCCUGCCCGAAUUCCCCCACAGAACUGUGCCUGGACAAGAGCACUUUCAGGUGCUGGGUUACAUCGCCAAAGGUUCAUUUGGACCCAUUCUGAAAGUGAAAGACAAGGCCAAACAGAAAACAUAUGCUGUAAAAGUUAUACCUAAAUCAGAGAUUCUGAGACUUGGGGUCUUGGAGCAGUCAAAAGAGGAAGUUAUUGUUCAGCGUCAGGUUCGCCACCCAUUUGUCCAUGACCUCCAGGACUGCUGGCAAACGCAGCGCCACCUCUACAUUAUGUGUGAUUACUGCAGCACAGGUGACCUGUACACCUAUUGGCAGAUGAUUGGUCAGUUCACAGAAAAUGCAGUGCGAGUGUUUGCAGCAGAAUUGGGAAGUGCACUCGGAUUUCUGCAUGAUUUUGGAAUCAUCCACAGAGAUGUGAAGAUGGAGAAUAUCCUGCUGACAGAUAAUGGUCACCUCCGCUUAGCUGACUUUGGUUUGUCCCGUCGCCUGGAGCGAGGAGGAAGAGCCUUUACCAUUUGUGGGACCAUCCAAUAUAUGGCCCCAGAGGUGCUGAGUGGCGGACCCUACAACCAUGCAGCUGAUUGGUGGUCACUGGGAAUUCUGCUAUUCUCAUUGGUUACUGGGAAGUUUCCUGUGCCUCCGGAACCAGACCACUGCAGUAUGUUGAGGAAAGUGAGGAGUUUUCCCUAUGAAAUUCCCCUCAGUUUCAGCCCCCCACUGGCCUUGCUAAUCACUGAGCUGCUGUGCAAGACUCCCUCCCGCAGACUGAAGACGCUUGAUCGAUACAAACGCCAAACCUUCUUCCACGGAACUACUUUUGAUCUCGCCUUGCUGCAGCGCCAGCCUGUGGAGGUGAUUCUGGAGCUGAGAGAGAGACCCGAUCGUGCCGCCAAAGCUCGACGAGGCCUCACAUUGUCUCUGCAGCCGCUCAAAGGCUUUGACUAUGACGCGCUGCUUAGCCCUCCUGCCACGCCAGACACGCAGCUGGAUGGCAACACACAAACUUACACAGCUGUGCCGUUACCCGGCCCGGCAUUCCCACUGCAGCCUGCUCAGGAAAAAGGUCCACGCACAGAGAUGUUUGUUUGACAGUCUUUGAGUUUACAGUGUGGUCACUAAGACACUAAAGGUGUAUUUCUGCACAGUUAUUCACCCAAACACACAGGUGUGGUGCGCCUUCAAAAAUGUCUUAUUUAGUAAAAGCCAAAAUAGCUGAUUAUAAUUAAACUGGAUCUAUAGUUUAGUAGGGAAUGAUUCAUUUGAGUAGAAAACACAAUUUCUCCACUUGUAUUAGCGAGUUUGAUGCUUUUCUUUGUGAUUUAACAAGCACUGUUUCCUUCUUCUUUUACUUGUUUGCCUUUUCUCCAAUGAGCACAUUUUCAAGCCUGCUGUAUUUGCUCAACAGUUGUGCAAGAAAUAUUGCGCUUUUGUAUAAUCUACUUCCAAUCUUCCAGUGUCUGGUCAUGAUUGCCCUGUUCACGGCUAUCAAUUUCACCCCACAUGGAAAGGUCAUGCUAGUUGAAGACAAUGCACUGUAUUUAGUUUUUUAUCCAAUGAAUUAAUUGUAUUUAUGUAGAAAUCCAAUCAAAACCCUGCAACAAAGUGAGUGUAUUUCUGAGCUUCUGCAUUUGUACUCAUAUAGCAUGAUCAUGAAACAGAAGUAGAAGUUGAUGGAACAAACUCCUUGCUUAAUUUCCUGAGUGGUUAUACUGUGAUCUUUACUUUAAGACGUGUUUAUUAAUGCUGUGUGGACAACUUUUCCGAAACUUGGACCUCUUUACUGCCUAAAUUCUGUAGCAGCAGAGAAGUCUUUCCUUCUGUACUAUGUAGAGAUCACGCAAGCAACAAAACAUCAAUUUGAGAUGUGUACGCCUUCAACUUCUGCUUUUUAUCAUUUAUAAAAUGUGACUCAGGGGACCACUCACUGGAUUUUCCCAAGUCAGCCUUGAUUUUGACUCAGAGAUGGCAUCCAGCUGGACAGAUCAGAGCUGGGCCUGUAAAGGUUGAAUGAACGACAGCACUGUUUACCUUCAGUGAACAUUUUGAUAGAUACAGGGCUUUUUCUAUUGUCCCAGGCUGCCGUUACUCUCGCCAGUAAUCACACCUUCAUGCACUUGCCUGAUCAUCAGAUUAUAUUAUGAUUUUAGUAUUGCCCUGAUGUGUACCCAGAAUGCCUCUCACGAGUGAUCAUGAGCUUGCUUUUUAUUUCACAAAAAUUCUUAUUUAUAAAGUCCUCUUUAUAAAAUGUAUAUGAAUAUUUUGGAUGCUAUUUGAUGUUAUGUGUUACAGUACUAUGUAUUUUUGUAAUGACCUGUAGCACA